AUGAAUCGCGUGCUACAGCUACCACUGGGAGCCAGCGCUCCGCCUGUGCUUGAGGGCUACACACUUGGUGACGUGCUAAUUUGUAAGGCUAAUCGUGGGAAGCUUCUGGAGGUGGAGCAUCUCGUCAAAACGCUGCAAGCCGACGUCAAUUACCGCAAUCAGCAUGGAUGCUCAGCACUACAUGGUGCUGCAGCGUCCGGCCAGCUCGAAGUGGUGCAGUGGAUGGGUUUGCAUAGCAAUGUUGACUGGAGUGCCACAGACCAUGAUGACCAAACAGCAUUACAUUAUGCGGCGUUUUAUGGUCAUCUUGAGGUGGUGCAGUUUUUAGUCGAGAAUGGAGUCCCGCUGGAUGCACCUGACAAGUUUGGUCGCUUAGCACACUGUUCUGCUGCAAUAAAUGGACACUUGGACGUCGUCUCGUACCUGUUGGAGGAAUGUCCUAGUCCUAUCGAUAUCAAUGCUGUCGAUGAGUACGGAGGCACGUGUCUGCAUUGGGCAGCAUCUAAGGGUCGCAAGGAGGUCAUCCAGUACUUGUGCAUGAAAGGCAUUGAUAUUCAUAUUACAAGCUAUGAUAACAAAACGGCGUACCAGAUUGCUAAGGAUAAACACAAGCAAAAGUGCGUUCAGUUUCUCAAAUGUUGGUACGAGACAUCACAGAAAUUCGUUCAUGCAGCUGAAGAGGGAGAUGACGAAGAAAUUGCGCGAAUUAUUGCCGAAAUUAAUGGAGCUUACCCUUUGCGAUUUAUUCGUGACAAGAAUGGUAAGAACGCGAUGCAUUUUGCGGCAGAGUUCGGGCACUUGUCGACACUGAAGCUCUUGACCGACCACUUUGAUGUGUGGACCGACGUUGACAAGUUUGGCCGCAAUGCGUUGCACAGCGCAGCGCUUGGAGGCAACAAGGAGUGUGCAUUUUGGCUAAUAAGAAAAGCUAGAGACUCGUCCGAGUUUUUUUCGCUGACGUUGACAAAUAAAAGUCCAUCGCGGUGUGCGUUUGAGGCCGGUCAUAGCUCUCUCGCAAAUUAUUUACAGGCAUGGGAAGAAGGCAAUGAAGAUUACUCAACCAAUGACGAGAAGUCCACGCUAUUGCUCGAAGUCGAUGCUGGUCGGCCAGUGGAUGACGAAGCGGAAAGCGUUGCGCCGCGGAGCAGAAAUAUUGAGACUGUGUACAACUGGCUUAAAUUCUUUAAAAUGGAAGAAUAUGCGCAAAAUUUUGAGAAAGAUGGGUUUGAUACGCUACGAGGUGUGGCUACUAUCGAUGAAAAUGACUUGCUGGAUAUGAAAGUGAAAAAGGGACAUCGACGGGUGGUUCUCUCUCAUAUAGAAGAGCUGCGUAAUCAAUUACAAAUGCUGGAUGAAAAUGCCGAAAUUGCUGGGAUGGAGCCUUUGUCAUCGCCGACUUUAAGCAUGCUUUCACCCUUCGCUAAACAAUCGUCUUUAACUAGUAUGGUUAGUGCAGAGGGAAUUUCUCAUCGAACAGAGCGGCGGGGAUCGGUGACAGCAUCCCCCUUGCCAGCAGAUGUUUAA